AUGAAAUCAUCGAGCCCAGGACAAAGUGGACCGCAGAGAUUGUCCAAAAUCCUGUUAAAACUUCGAACAACGCCUCACAUGAUGACUGGCAAAAGUCCAGCAGAACUCUUAUUCAAGAGAAAGAUAAGAAUCCGGUUGGACCUGAUGAAGCCUGAUCUCGUGUCUAACAUGCAUCACAAGCAAGAAGCUCAGGCACAAGGAAAAAUCCUCCGUGAAUUUCAGCCUGGUGACCCUGUCAAGGUCAGAAACUACCGGCCAGGUGUAAACAGAUGGACAAACGGAGCGAUCUUACAGAGACUGGGAACCCACAGUUACUCUGUUCGUGUAGGUGGAACGGUGCGACACUGUCAUAUCAACCAGCUGCAGUCUGCUCCAGACUCAACUGCAGAUAUCAACGAAUUACCGCCUCCGCUACCUACCGUCCCAAUGCUACCAAUGGGUCAGGUGGCGUCGGUGGCCUAG